CUGCGGGCUGUGCCAGCCGUGGGCGAGCGGCCGGGAGGAGCGGAGCCGGGCGGGAGGCGCGGAGGAGCCCGCGGAGCGCUAUAAAGAGCCGGGGCAGCGCCGGGGCGCUCCGGCCAUGGCCAACGCGUCGCAGUGCCUGGAGGAGGGCUCGGGGCGCUGGCCGCCGCCGGCCGGGCCGUACAGCGAGGCGCAGCGGCUGGCGCUGGAGGAGCUGGUGGCGGGCGGCCCCGAGGCGCUGCGCGCUUUCCUGCGGCGGGAGCAGCUGCCGCCCUUCCUGUCGGAGCCCGAGGUGCAGGACAUCGCUCGGGCCGCGCUGCCGCCCGCCGCGGGCCCGGAGCCGGCGGCCGAGCCGGCGGCCGGAGCCUCGCUGGACGCCUCGUCGCUCACCUACUUCCCCGAGCGCUCGGACCUGGAGCCGCCCGCGCUGGAGCUGGGCUGGCCGGGCUUCGCCAGCGGCGCCUUCCGCGGGCUGACGCGGGUGGAGGCGCAUUUCCAGCCCGGCUGCGGGGACAGCAUCUACGGCUGCAAGGAGGCCGUGCGGCGCCAGAUCCGCUCCGCCCGACAGAUGAUUGCCCUGGUUAUGGAUUCCUUCACAGACACUGACAUCUUCACAGACCUCUUGGAAGCCUGUAGCCAACGGCAAGUUAAAGUGUAUAUCCUUCUAGAUCAAUCUUCAUUUCCCCACUUUCUAAAAAUGUGCAAGGAUCUGGGAGUUGACCUUGAGCAGGAAAAGUUGAUGAGGGUUCGGAUUAUCACGGGGAGCACGUACUGCACCAGGUCGGGCACCAAAAUCAUUGGAAAAGUCCGUGAAAAGUUCAUGUUAAUUGAUGGCAUUAGAGUGACAACAGGCUCCUACAGUUUUACGUGGACAGAUGGGAAGCUGAACAGCAGUAACAUUUUGAUCCUGUCAGGCCCUGCAGUUGCACACUUUGACCUGGAAUUUCGGAUUCUUCAUUCACGGUCAAAGCCUAUCAACCUCAAAGAGUUUUCUAGCUGCAAGAAGAACAGGCUGUGGGACCAGCUGUUCAGGAUAACAGUGGCUUCCAGAGACGUGAGCAGGGAACACUUCCUGAGAAUGGAGUUUUUGUAUCUGAGAGCAUUUGUAGGAGAUCUGAAGAGGAAGAGGAGCUGGCUGCACGCCUCCAGGGAGGCCGUGUACAGCCCAAAUAACACGAUGCACACCUCUCCCCCGCUGACUAAGAGGAAUGGCUCCCUGGUUAUGAGGCCACACUGGAUCAUAGAGAGAUGAACUGCAUGUCCAUGCAGAGCAAGCAGCAGAACCUCAGGAACCACGUCCGUCCAUCCCUGUCCAGCACUGUCCUGCAGUGUGUUUGUGAGGGCAGCUGGGAAAGAAACCUCAGACUGAGAGAAAGUGAAACUGGAAUUGUGGCUUUGUUUGAAGAAUACUAUAAAGCCAUUAUUGACUUCUACUAUUCUGUUAAAUUUUCAUUUCUUAACCUGUUCAUGCAUGUUUUAAGCUGAUGGGUUGGCAGUGUCAUAGCUCAGUAGCUCAACCCUUUUUUUGUUGUUAAGUAAUCUAGGUAUUAAAAUUCAUAUUGCUUGAAAGUCUGUUCCAAGAUGAAAGCAGGCUCUGAAAUCAGUCUUGGUCUUGUACAAACUCUCCCCCAACUGGUUCAUGACACAAACCAGGAGUAACCCUAAUCUAGAAACCAGUAGGUCAGUACCACACUGCUACUCCUUCAAUAUUACACUUUCUUCAUACAAAGCUGUGCUGGCAGGCAGAAGGAGCUAAUGGCUCAGCAAACCAGGCUUUAGUGUGACUGAAUUUCAAAUGGCCUUUAGACUGUCUGGAUUGCUGGACAUCAUGCAAUAGAUGUGUGCAAGUGAUAGUAUUCUAAAGGACCCACUGUGUUUGUAGGAGAGCCAAAUGAGACCAGUUCCUUGGCAGUACCAGACAGACUUUUCGUUAUCUUUAUGGCUGCUGCUGUCUGGUCUUGUGGGAAAAGCUGAGUAGAUCUGAAAUCUGUGAAGCUGCUGCCUCUUCACAAAAGUCCUAAUUUCACCAGAAAUGCAAUGACACAGAAGUCAGUGACAGAACCAUUUUUAAGGUCUCAUGGAAGCUCAAUUUUUUGUUAUUUUCUUUUAAUUAAUUCAUUUCUGGAUGGGAAAAAAUCACCCUCAAAUGAAUAAGAUAUCCUCCUGAACAGCUGCACAUUGAGGUACUGAAGCUCCAGCUGCCUGCCAAUGCAGAUACUCCUUAGCCAAAACAAAGGUUUAUAAUUUCUCAAUUGUUCUUGUGGCUCUUCUACUGCAAAAUACUUGGGUAUGUGCUUUUGUGAGUGUCUUGUGUGUUCUGGGCCUCAGAGGGAAGAUUAAAACUUGGCAGCAAGUGAUUAAAGAUUAAAACUUAAACAGCAGCAAGGUGACAUUAAACUGGACAGAUGGAUCUUACAAGAAUAUACAUUGCAAAAAUGUACUGAUUAGUAUGCAACUAAUCUGGGCCCUGUUCUUCUGCACUGACAAUCAUGGAAAUGUAAUCCUUCUGGUCUCCUAAUCUGUAAAUAUUCAGUAGUUUAUACCUUUGUACUAUUAACUUCCAUCCAGGUGUAAAGAGGUUUGAAAUAGGCAUUUUUAUUAUUAGCUAUAUUUUCCAUAAAGGCAAGGCCCACGCAAUGUUGGACUCUAUGCAAAAUACUGUUUGUGCAGUCUUAUUUUCAUAAUAAUUGCCUGUAUAUAUUUUCUCAAGCAUAACUUCUCCACUUUGUUAUUCAUCUCAUUACUUUAAUAGGCAGCUCUUUCCAUGCGGGAUUUU